UGGCGUCCGGCCACGCCUCCUCCCGGGAUCUGCGCUCGGUGAUUGGUCGCAGCAUGGGGAAACCUCUGGAGUCGUCCAGGUAGAGCGGUGCUGUUACUGUGUAUGGGGGAGACGCGCCGCCCGCUGCCACUGACACCCGGAAGCCGCUGCCGCUGGGCUCCCCGGCGUACCGCAUAGUACAUACAGAGCGCAAUUAGUACAGGUGCUGGCGCCGGGCCCCCAUCAGUGACAGUGUGUACAGGCAGCCCGAUAGCCUAUGGGAUCCGGAUAUCAUCCCCUCUCUCACCCGGGCGCCAUGGGGACUCGCUGACACCCCCUGCACUUGCUCUGCCUGCCGGGGAGGAUGAGAAGAGCCCUGGGUGCCGCACUAUGCACCUCUCCCUGUGUCUCACCAUCGGCCUGUGCCUCACACAGGUGCUGCCUUGUGAUGCAGGGGCGUCUGUCUCUCUUCCGGAAUCUCUGCUCUUUGUGUCCACACUGGACGGGAAGUUCCAUGCAGUCAGUAAGAAGACUGGGAAUGUGCUGUGGACUUUGAGUGAUGAUCCUGUUAUUCAAGUACCACUCUACGUGUCGGAACCAGCUUUCCUGCCAGACCCCAGCGAUGGGAGCUUGUACAUAUUGGGAGGGAGGAAUAAAGAGGGACUUAUGAAAUUGCCAUUUACCAUCCAGGAGUUGGUACAGUCCUCUCCCUGCCGCAGCUCUGAUGGAAUCCUGUAUACAGGGAAGAAGCAGGAUUCCUGGUUUGUUGUGGAUCCAAAGACGGGAGAGAAGCAGACAACACUAUCCACGGAUUCAUCUGAGGGUUUGUGUCCGUCAUCCCCUCUCCUGUACAUUGGACGAACACAAUACAUGAUCACGAUGUAUGACACGAAAUCCCGGGAGCUGCGCUGGAAUGCCACCUUCCACGACUACUCUGCCCUUCAGUGUGACAGUACCUAUGAUUACAAGAUGGCUCACUUUGCCUCCACUGGUGAUGGUAUGCUGGUCACAGCCAACCGGGGUAGCGGAGAAGUGUUGUGGAUGCAGAAUUAUGGUUCCCCCGUCGUUGGGCUGUUUAUGUGGCACCAAGACAGCCUAAGGCGAAUCCCGCACCUUAACGUGGCAAUGGAAACCCUCCGUUACUUAACCUUCAAUUCUCAGGGCAUCCGACUGAUCAAAUGGAACUACCAGGCGGUACAGGAACUAAGCACUACCAAGACACACCUAUUGCCGUCUCUGUAUGUGGGGAAGCACACCAACGGAUUCUACGCCUCCUCUUCCCUGAUUCACGAGGGAGUCUCUAUUGUGCCACGUGGAAUCACAUUGGCCCGGAUAGAGGGGCCCACCACUCAGGAUGUCACGUUGAAGGAGUCCACAGAGUUUGAUGUUACACCAAGCACCGACGUCAAGUACCCACAAGGCAGCGUGGUGUCUGCAGAUCAGUGGCUGCUGAUUGGUCACCAUGAGGUGCCUCACAUCGUCCACACCACCAUGCUGAGAGCAUUUCCCGAGACCCUGCGAAGGGAUACAGAGUCCAUCAUUCGAGGUCCAACACCUAGGACCCUCUUUGAUGAUUUUCUGUCUUCGCAGAAUCAAGACGGGUUCCCUCAGGGUGACACGGAAGGACGUGUAAAGACGGAGGCCGAUAAUGAAGAGGCCAGAAUUGUCCUUCCUGACUCCUCCAUAACCAAUCUCCUUGUCACGGGUAUAGUCACACUUCUCCUUGGAGGCUGGGUGCUUUUUGGACUCACUUACCCCAAGAUGCAGGAACAACAGCGGCGUCAGCAGCAGGAAUUACAGCAGCAGCUAGAGGAGCAACUGCAGCGUCUCCAACAUCAGCAGAACAUGGCAACGGAAUCUUCUGAAUCUACGGCUUCUGGUGAGGCCACCGCGCCAGACGGGCAAGGAAGCAGCAAGAGGAGAAGUGCGGAGCAGGAAUACAGUCAGGCUAAUGGCACAAAGCGCUUGAGCAGAGACAGCGGGGAGCAAGAAGCUUCCAAUGAAGAGGAGAUAGAAGUGGGUAAGAUUUCCUUUUCCCCCAAAGAAGUUUUGGGUCAUGGAGCCGGUGGAACGUUUGUGUUCAGGGGUAGAUUUGACGGCCGCUCAGUGGCUGUGAAGAGGAUCCUUCCAGAGAGCUUCACCCUGGCGGAUCGAGAGGUCCAGUUACUGCGGGAGUCUGAUGAGCACCCGAACGUGAUCCGCUAUUACUGUACAGAGACCGACAGGCUAUUCUAUUACAUCGCCCUGGAGUUGUGCACAGCCACCUUACAAGAGUAUGUGGAGAAUCCUAGCUUCCCUUCCACCGGCCUAGAUCAUGUGACCCUCCUCUAUCAGGCCAUGUCUGGACUUUCCCAUUUGCACUCUCUCAGCAUCGUGCACAGAGACUUGAAGCCGUGUAACAUCCUCAUCUCCCUGCCAAACGCCCAGGGCAGACAGAGAGCUGUGAUUUCAGACUUUGGACUCUGCAAAAAGCUGAGAGUGGGGAGGAACAGUUUCAGCCUGCGCUCCGGAAUCCCCGGCACUGAGGGCUGGAUCGCCCCGGAGGUCCUGCGUGAUGGAAGAACGCAAAACCCUACAUCUGCAGUGGAUAUCUUCUCCGCCGGCUGCGUAUUCUACUAUGUGCUGACAAGAGGACAGCACCCGUUUGGUGACAGCCUGAGGAGACAAGGAAAUAUACUGACUGGGUCGUACAACCUUCCACAGCUACAGGAGGAGACGCAUGAGAAUGUGGUGGCACGGAACCUGAUUGAGCGGAUGAUCAGCAGUGACCCACAGCUUCGACCUUCAGCGCCUUGCGUCCUUAGGCACCCGUUCUUCUGGGCCCGUGAAAAGCAGCUGCAGUUUUUCCAGGAUGUCAGUGAUCGCAUUGAGAAGGAGCCUCAGGAUAGUCCUCUGAUCAUUAACCUUGAGAAAGACGCUCGUUCUGUAGUUCGAGUCAACUGGAGAUUGCACAUAUCUGUGCCAUUGCAGACAGACCUUAGGAAGUUCCGCUCUUAUCGAGGAAAUUCUGCGCGAGAUCUUCUCCGAGCUAUGAGGAACAAGAAGCAUCAUUACCACGAGCUACCGCCUGAGGUCCAGGAGACACUGGGCUCCAUCCCGGAUGAUUUUGUGUCCUACUUUACCUCAAGAUUUCCACUUCUACUCCUUCAUACACACCAGGCUCUGGCACCGUGCGCUCAUGAAAGACCUUUCCACUCCUAUUAUCACUGGGAGUCCAUUGGCUGAGACCCUCGGCCUACUCCUGCCUUCCCUGCACUACUAGAAGGACCUGUGGCCGAGCCAGACUGGAUGCUCAUAGCAUUGGCAAUGGACAUAAGCGCAGUCGUUUCAGUCUGUCACUUGAGUGAUUCUCCUGUUUUUUAUUCUGUAAAUUGCACUGCCUCAGAUAUUUGCACAGUACAUUUGUUUUUUAAUCACUGUAUUUUUAUUUCAGCAACUUUAAGGCCUUUGUGUCUGUCUGAAAUCUGUAGAAAGGCCUCUCAAGAUGUUUUAUCAGAGACGGAUAUUUCCGUAUUAUAUUUGAGCAUUUACAUAAACUGUUUUUUAAUAACAAACGUAAAGCAGAAUAAGGAAGAUGUUGCUAUGGUAACCUGCCAUCCAAUCCAUCCUUUCGACGGCCAUUUUGCAAUUCCAGCUUUGCCGUUUGUCUUCAUACAAUACUAUGAAGGAAAACACCUACAGAGUUUUUAUUUUCCUAAAUUUUAAAGGAAAAAAUAUUGUUUUGUUUAAAAAAGAAGAAAAAAAAAAAAAAAGACAAUCUUGUUUUUCUAAAAGGAUAUAUUUAUUUUUUACCUGGUUGGGGAUAAUUACUGUACAUAACUAUUAUUCUUUUAAAGGAUAAAUAAACUGCAUUAAAUGUGCCAAUAUCAUUUUGAAUUGCUUUGUCUUUUGAGAUUUUAAAUGUAAUAUCAAGUAAUAAUUGAAAAUAUUGCAUUUGAUUUUAAUGGCAUCUUGCGUUACUCAAAGGUUCAAGUAACACUUUUGUAAUGUUCCAGCUACCCAUUAAAAUCUGGCUAGUCAGAUUAAACUGCGCAAAUCUGGAAACCA